GGGCCUCUCUCUGCCAUGGCGGGCGAUGAGCCGGGCUUCCUACAGGCGCUGCAGCCUAAGGGCCGGCCUGAGGCGGUGCAGACGCGGGUGCAGGCCCAGGACUUAGGGCAGUGGGGCCUGACAGGGAUUCAUCUUCACCCUUAUCAGCUGGAGGGAGUCAACUGGCUAGCCCAAUGCUUCCAUUCUCAAAAUGGUUGCAUCCUAGGAGAUGAGAUGGGACUCGGUAAGACAUGCCAGACUAUCGCUCUCUUCAUUUACUUGGCCGGAAGAUUGAAUGAUGAAGGACCAUUUCUGAUUCUUUGUCCCUUGUCUGUUUUGAGCAACUGGAAAGAAGAAAUGGAGAGAUUUGCUCCAGGUCUUUCCUGUGUAACAUAUGUAGGUGACAAGGAGGAGAGAGCGCGCCUUCAGCAAGACCUAAAGCAGGAGUCAAGUUUUCAUGUGCUGUUGACCACCUAUGAGAUUUGCUUAAAAGAUGCCUCCUUUCUGAAAUCCUUCUCUUGGAGUGUUCUUGUUGUGGAUGAAGCUCACAGACUAAAAAACCAAAGCUCCCAGCUACAUAAGACACUUUCAGAGUUCUCAGUGGUCUUCAGUCUCCUGUUGACUGGGACUCCUAUCCAGAACAGCCUCCAAGAGCUCUACUCCCUCCUCAGUUUUGUGGAGCCUGAUCUCUUUUCCAAGGAGGAGGUGGAAGAUUUUGUUCAACGUUACCAGGAUAUUGAGAAAGAGUCCAAAUCAGCAAGUGAACUACACAAACUCUUGCAGCCUUUUCUGCUGAGGCGAGUGAAAGCUGAGGUAGCUACCAAGCUUCCCAAGAAGACAGAAGUAGUGAUAUAUCAUGGCAUGUCAGCAUUGCAGAAAAAAUACUACAAGGCCAUCUUGAUGAAAGAUCUUGAUGCAUUUGAAAAUGAGAUGGCAAAGAAAGUUAAACUUCAGAACAUCUUGUCCCAGCUUCGAAAGUGUGUGGAUCACCCAUAUUUGUUUGAUGGUGUGGAACCAGAGCCUUUUGAAGUUGGAGACCACCUGAUUGAGGCUAGCGGGAAACUUCACCUGCUGGAUAAGCUGCUGGCAUUCCUUUAUUCCAGGGGCCAUCGGGUUUUACUGUUCUCCCAAAUGACCCAGAUGUUGGAUAUUCUCCAAGACUAUAUGGAUUACAGAGGUUACAGCUAUGAGCGUGUGGAUGGUUCUGUGAGAGGAGAAGAGAGACACCUGGCCAUUAAGAACUUUGGACAGCAACCCAUUUUUGUAUUUCUCCUGAGUACCAGAGCAGGUGGAGUUGGCAUGAACUUAACAGCAGCAGAUACCGUUAUUUUUGUUGACAGUGAUUUUAAUCCUCAGAACGACUUGCAAGCAGCUGCCAGGGCUCACCGGAUAGGCCAGAACAAGUCUGUUAAAGUUAUUCGGCUGAUCGGCCGAGACACUGUGGAAGAAAUUGUUUGUAGGAAAGCAGCCUCCAAACUGCAGCUCACCAACAUGAUUAUAGAAGCUGGCCAUUUUACUUUGGGAGCUCAGAAACCUUCAGCCGAUGCUGACCUCCAGCUAAGUAAGAUCCUCAAAUUUGGCUUGGAUAAACUGCUGUCCUCUGAGGGCAGCACCAUGGAAGAAACAGACCUGGAGUCCAUCCUGGGAGAAACCAAAGAUGGCCAGUGGGUCUCUGAUGCCCUGCCUGCAGCAGGAGGAGGGAGCAGAGAGCAAGAGGAAGGAAAAAACCAUAUGUACCUAUUUGAAGGUAAAGAUUAUUCUAAAGAGCCCAGUAAGGAAGACAGAAAAUCAUUUGAACAACUGGUGAAUCUUCAGAAAACUCUUUUGGAGAAAGCAAAUCAGGAGGGCCGGUCACUCCGAAAGAAAGGCAGUGUUCUUAUCCCAGGCCUUGUGGAGGGAUCCACCAAAAGGAAGCGUAUACUGAGCCCAGAAGAACUGGAGGACAGACAGAAGAAAAGACAAGAAGCAGCAGCCAAGAGAAAGAGACUAAUAGAGGAGAGGAAGAGGGAAAAGGAAGAAGCUGAACAUAAGAAAAAGAUGGCCUGGUGGGAAUCCAACAAUUACCAGUCCUUCUGCCUGCCCUCUGAGGACAGUGAGCCUGAGGACCUUGAGGAUGAGGAAGAUGAAGAUGCUGCUGAGCUAGAUGGUAGAGACCCAGACUCCACCUCCAUUAAAUAUGUUAUUGGUGAUGUCACCCACCCACAGGCUGGGGCAGAAGAUGCACUCAUCGUACACUGUGUGGAUGACUCUGGCCGUUGGGGCAGAGGUGGUUUAUUCACAGCUCUGGAAACACGAUCAGAUGAGCCAAGAAAAAUAUAUGAGCUAGCUGGGAAAAUGAAAGACUUGAGUUUGGGAGGUGUCCUUUUAUUUCCUAUUGAUGAUAAGGAGUCCAGAGACAAAGGGAAGGAUUUGUUGGCGUUGGUUGUGGCUCAGCAUCGCGAUCGCUCCAAUGUCCUAUCUGGCAUUAGGAUGGCAGCCCUAGAAGAGGUAAAAAAGAUAUUCUUAGCAGCAAAGAAGAAGAAAGCAAGCGUUCAUCUUCCACGCAUUGGACAUGCCAUGAAGGGUUUUAACUGGUAUGGUACUGAACGACUUAUUCGGAAACAUUUGGCUGCGAGAGGCAUCCCAACCUACAUAUAUUACUUUCCUAGAAGCAAGGCUGUUAUCCUUCAUUCACAGUCCUCAUCUUCAACAUAGCUGGUGCCUUAGCAAAAUCUUCCCAGUGUUAGAUCCAGUCUCUAGAAACCAGCUAGUAAGACACUUGCCCAGAGUGACUGUCGUACAGCAUUUCAAGAAGGAGUCUGGACCUAGUGGAUCUCUGAGACAGAAGGUUUUCUGAAUUCUAAUUUGUUCUCCUGGAUGUGUUACUCUGAUCUGGUACCUGUCAUACAGCAAUUCUCCACUUUUUUGGGAAAGUCCCUUGGCCUCAGUUUGCAUGACUGCUUGUAUAACAAUAAAUUUUCUGACUCUAGUAGUUUCAUUGCUUUCUUUCCCCUAUAUCUAGUUUUCUUCCCCUCAAGAAGUCAGUCUUAAUUUCUUUACAGAGAGCUACAGAAGCCUAUCUGGAUUAAGGAGAUGUGAGAAGCAGUAGAACUGGGAAGCUCUAAGGAAAGGAAGCUCUUUACCAACUUAUGCCUUUAAAAAGUGAGAUUCUUAUUUCUUUUUUUGGUGGGGGAGUGGUUUGGGGUUUUGUACUCAGGGCCUCAUGCUUGCUAGGCAGGCAUUCUACUACUUGAGCCACUCCACCAGCAAGAAGUAAGAUUCUUGAUCAGGA